GGCUCGCUCUUGAUUUGGACCUUCUUCCCAGGGUUCUCUGGCACUGCUUUCCCAGUCUCCUCUGCGCGGCUCUAUCUAAACUAGCUUCCCUUUGUACUUAGCGUAGACCGAGCUCCCUGCGUGCACCGCGCGCUGCCAGAAGCGCAAGUCCCCCAGAAUCAGCAUGUCCGUGACUGAGGAGGCGAUUCUCGGAGGCCGUGGCAGCCAUCCUUCUGCUGGUGGCAGUUCUGUGUUAUGCUUUGGACAGUGUCAGUACACAGCAGAAGAGUAUCAGGCCAUCCAGAAAGCUCUGAGGCAAAGGCUGGGCCCAGAAUACAUCAGUAGCCGAAUGGCUGGAGGCGGCCAGAGGGUAUGUUACAUCGAGGGUCACAGGGUAAUUAAUCUGGCCAAUGAGAUGUUUGGUUACAAUGGCUGGGCACACUCUAUCACACAGCAGAAUGUGGAUUUUGUUGACCUUAACAAUGGCAAGUUCUACGUGGGAGUCUGUGCAUUUGUGAGAGUCCAGUUGAAGGACGGCUCAUAUCAUGAAGAUGUGGGCUAUGGGGUCAGUGAGGGCCUCAAGUCAAAAGCCUUGUCUUUGGAGAAGGCAAGGAAGGAGGCGGUGACAGAUGGGCUGAAGCGGGCGCUGAGAAGUUUUGGGAAUGCACUUGGAAAUUGUAUUCUGGACAAAGACUAUCUGAGGUCACUAAAUAAGCUUCCACGCCAGUUGCCUCUUGAAGUGGAUUUAACUAAAGCAAAGAGACAAGAUUUUGAACCCUCUGUGGAACAAGCAAGAUACAGCAGCUGCCGGCAGAACGUGACUCUGGGACCCCCGAAACCACAGGAGGUGACCUCCCCUUGCAAACCAAGCCGCUCAGAUGAUCCCCACCUCGUGAAACAGGAAGACAAGGCCGGCAGCUCCCGAAGCCUGGCCUCCGCCAUGGAGAGCGAUGCCACGUACCAGCGGAAGCUCCGGCAAAAACAGUUGCAGCAGCAGUUCCGGGAACAAAUGGAGAAACAGCAAGUGCAACUAUCUGCUCCAUCAGUGGAAAAGAAGAAUCAGGCAGCACCGCCAGCACUUCCUGUGAAGCACAGCACCCCCAUAACUGUUUCUGAACCACACACGGAGAAAGACUUCCUCACAGACAGUCUCGGAAUGUGGGAUAUGGAUCCAGAUGCAGAGGACAGUGAUGUGAAGCCCUUGUCUAGGCCAGAACCACUCCAGACCCCUGCCACACCAGUCCUGAAACAGCAGGUGGUGACCUGGAAUAGGACCCCACAGGACCUCUGUCACCAGGAUCCACAAGCAAAAUGUGGACCCAGGCAACUCCAAACUCACAACAGUAACCAAGAGAUAACAGUAAACUGUGAUUUCUAUGACAAGAACCAAGACUUGAAGAAAAGGAAACUGGAUCCAUCUUAACUGAGGCUCCGGUCACAUCAUUGGACUUUGUCACAAAAGGGACUUUCGAAAACUACUUUUUGGUCAUGAAAUUGUUCAUCAUUCCUAGGGAAUGAGCUUUAUUUCCAAGGAUUUACCUUGCUUCAUUCUGAACUUUACCUGAGGAUUUGAGUGUUGGAGCCUACUGCAGACAGAGCAGAGCAGUCGGAAAGCCCUUUUAAAAAGCUUGUCACACGCUGCAGUGGGGAGGCUCUACGACUGAACACCUUCUCUCUGGCUCUUGAGGCUCUUCUCUAUUUACUCCUAAGCUCUUACAUUAGUAAGUAUAGGCAUUUCAGGAGUCAUCAGUGGCUACCUGCCUUCAAGCAAUAUAAGCCAUACCAUGAAGCACGGACUUUAACCACCACCUAUAUCAAGUUAUUGUUAAUGUCUGUCUUCUUUGAACUUUAGGUCUCCACAUUUACUGCUGUCCACACCACACUGUGUAUCCUGAGAACAAAGACUAGAGUGGGGUUUCGCUACUUUCAUCAAUCCAGCCUGCCAUCUUCAUCUAUGAUAAUCUCUCCUUUAUAGGUUUAUGAAGUCAGUGUCCUGUGGUUUUUUUCCUUAUCAAGGGAAUGAUCUAGGACCAAAGAAAAGGCAUUUUAAGAAAGCAAAAUAAAUUCUUUUUAACAAAAAAUGUAAGUAGGUGUUUAUAUUUUUGCAUUUCACAUGUGAAGGUGGCUUUGUAUCUCAAAAAAUGUUUUUUUUGUAUAGUUUCAGAUGUUUCAUAAUUCUUCCCCCCAAAUAAUGAGUUUGCAGGUUUACUUUUUAAGUAAAACAGUAGCUUGGGCUGUGCCUUUUAUCUGAUCUUCACGCUGUGGCUUUUAUAAAUUUUUGCAUCAAACAAACACCCAUCUGUGGGAAGCUAUGAACCCGAGGCAAGGAAUUCCUGAAGUACAGGAAGGCAGCCGUUUCUGUUCCUUCGGAAGAUGAUGUAGCUUACCCCGAUUUUCCUUUUACCUUACUACCUCGUUACAUGGAUUUGGUCAUAUGUUCAUCUUUUGAUUUUGACACCCUUACCACUUUCGUCAGAAAAAACCUUUUUCUGAAGCAUAAUCUUAGUUUAGUUCAGGACUGCUAAAGAGGUCCUGGAGUUAGGAAUCUAGUUAUAUAAAUUGUACACAACUCAAAAGUGAGCUAAUGAGAUCAUGAAAAAGGAAUUUGCUGGAAAUGAAAGCCCACAGCUCAACAAAAGCAAGUUUGGUUUAUUUGAAUGGUUUCAUUAAAUAAGUCUACAAAGGUAACAAACUGAAGCACAAAGCGCAAUCUUACAAGAAGCGCAACACCCAGAGUUAGUGCAAAAUGUACAAUUAACGGCUGCUGAGAAACCCCCAAGGUUUGAAUUUAGUUUAUUUGUUUUUCUAAACAGUGUACAUUGUUAAAUAAUGUAAGGAAAACAUUUAUAAUUCAGAAAGAUUUUUGUAAUGUGGAAAAAGA